AUGCCUGGUCUGGUGCGCAAACUCCUCAUCUGCGCGACGGCAGAUGGUCUGUUGUUGCAACCUCUCUCCCAGCGGAAUCAACAAUCCGCAUCUCCUCCUGUACAGAUCGACUACAAGACACAAGAUAUCAAACCCUCGUUCCAGCAGCACUCGGACGACUCGAGUAGCGAAGGACUCGAAGCUCAUGGUCUUCUCGGUAAGCACGCCAUGGACUCGACACUUUCUUUCGCUGACCAUUAUCAGNGUCUCCUGAACCUCGCAUCUUCCUCGUACCUCGUCGCCAUCUCGAAGCGCGAACAAGUCGCCCAAGUUCGCGGCAAACCCAUCUACGUCAUCACCAAUGUCGCUCUCAUUCCUCUAACCUCCCAAUCCGAAGCACAGCAUGCUAUCCAGCACGCAAAGUCGACUUUGAAGAGCAACAAACCCGAGUCUCUGGACACAAGCGACGACGAAGACGACUCGAGCAGUUCGGCGGCAGACGACGAACACGAUGACAAUGCGUCAGUCGGUCUGCCAGACGAGCCCCUGCAGGUACCCAAGGGUUCGGUGAACAAGGCUACCACUGUAGUCGCCGACGUAAUAAAGAACAAGGGUCAAUACGGUCGCUUCGCCCAGCGUUGGUUCUCCAAGGGCGGCUGGAAGUCUGACGGCAUUCGCAAGCAAGGCAUGAGCGCCAAUGAGGACGACCUAUCUCUUACCGCAGAGCAGAAGAAGCAAGCCGAAGAUUCUUUGACAGACAACAAAAAGGACGAGGUUGAAAGCGUGCCUGUGAAUAACGAGUCUCAGUCCACUUCUACAGACGAGCAACAAUCUACCGACGAGCCGGCGUCUAUCGUGCCUGGCGACACUACCCUUACUAAUCAUAUCCCAAGAAUCCUCAAGACGACGAACCUGUACUUUACCUCACGAAGCUUUUACUUCUCUUACGAUUACGACCUUUCACGCAGUCUUUCACGACAAGAGUCAACCUCUGCCUCGGUACCUCUUUACAAGCGUUUUGAUCCUCUGUAUUUCUGGAACCACAACUUGACUGAGCCGCUUGUCGAAGCCGGUCAGCACAACCUCGUUCUACCCGUUAUCCAAGGCUUUAUUGGCCAACGUGCUUUUACCGUUGAUGCAACCGAAAAUGCGGAGAAUAAAAUAGUUGAUGCAAAGCAGGAGACAUCGGAAGUGAUCAAGGUGCAGGAAGAUGCCCAGAGAGAGGAGGCGACCACAUCCGACGACAAGUCGCAAGCAAAGGAACUGCUGCUGACUCUAAUUUCGAGACGUUCUGUCAAGCGUGCAGGUCUACGCUACCUGCGUCGUGGCAUUGACGAUGACGGCAAUGUCGCCAACAAUGUCGAGACUGAGCAGAUUCUUGCCACGCCAUCGUGGGACACCAAGGACAAAGUCUUUUCGUUCCUUCAAGUCAGAGGCUCCAUCCCUCUGUUCUUCUCGCAAAGCCCCUACAGCUUCAAGCCAAUUCCUAUCCAAUAUGGCUCGGAAGCAACUAAUCAGGCUGCGUUUGAGAAACACUUCUCUAAUAUGCUCGAGCGCUAUGGAGAGGUUCAGUGUGCGUCCUUGGUCGACAAGCACGGCACAGAAGCGAAGAUUGGAGAGUCAUAUGAGAAGCACGCAAACAGUCUGAACGGUUCUGGGGGUGUAUCUGGCAAGCAGGUUGGAUUCUAUUGGUUCGACUUCCACACUGUCUGCAAAGGUAUGAAGUUUGAGAAUGUCUCAAUUCUCAUGGAUACAUUGAGGCCGGCCAUGAAGUCUUUCGGAUGGACUGUGCAGCAGAAUGGCAAGUUCAUCAGCACUCAGACCGGUGUUCUGCGAACAAAUUGUAUGGACUGCCUGGACCGAACCAAUGUUGUGCAAUCUGGUGCAGCUGGUCACGCUCUGCAAGACCAGCUUGCAGAGAUGGGUCUUUCCAUCAAUCUUCAGACCGACCCAAAGACAUCAUGGUACAACAAUUUGUGGGCCGAUAAUGGCGAUGCCAUUUCUCGUCAGUACGCAGGUACCGCCGCCCUCAAGGGAGACUUCACUCGCACCCGUAAACGAAACUGGCAAGGUGCGUUGACCGACUUCAGUCUGACACUAAACCGCUAUUACAACAACAUCUUCGGCGACUAUUUCCUUCAAACCUGCAUAGAUUUCUGGCUCGGUAACGCUGGAUCCAAUGUGUUCGAAGAAUUCGAAACCGACAUGAUGAAUCAGGACUACGCUCUAGACAUGGGACGCAUCCGCCAAAGCGCGAUCGAAACCUGUGUACGCAUUGUCCUCGAAGACUCCGCAGACAUGAUCUCAGGCUGGACGCUCUCCUGCCCUGCAUCAGCGAACACACUCCGCGCCUUGCCGUUCGAAGAGUGCAUAGUCCUUCUCACAGACACCGCACUCUACUUCUGCCGUUUCGACUGGGACACAGAAAAAGUCGGCUCUUUCGAGCGUGUAGAACUCGUGGAUAUCGAAAGUGUCAACUACGGCACCUACAUCACCAGCACACUCGGUCCCACCCACAUGGACGAAAAGAAAAACGUCGGCUUUGUCGUCAAGUAUUCGAGCCAAACACCUGCCAUGGUACGCACCAACACGCGCAGUCUGGCAAACGAAAAGGAAGCGAGUGCUGCAGACAAGGAUGCCAAGAAGACUGAUGUCAAGCCUGCGGAAAGCAGAUUGCUUGCCUUCAAAGCCCUGCCGCCGCGAAACUCUGCUUCCAAAGGCAAGAACACUGAUGGCGAGUUGAGCGAAGUGGAAAUGGUAAAGCAUAUUUGCGAGGAGAUUGAGCGGUUGAGCAACAAAGCUCUUGAUAGACAGACUCAUGUUGCUGCUGGAGAGGAAGAGCAGCAAGGGAGGAAGUUGCAGGUCGAGCAGAAGGAUGUCAUUUCUGUUGCUGAGGCGAGGAAGAGUACGGGAUAUCUUGAGUCGCUAGGGUACUCGUUGAAGAAGCUGGUAUGGUCGUAG